AUCGAGGUGACCUACGACAUCGAUGCCAACGGCAUUCUGAACGUGAGCGCUUCGGACAAGUCCACGGGCAAGUCCAACCAGAUCACGAUCACCAACGAGAAGGGUCGUCUGUCCCAGUCCGAGAUCGACCGCAUGGUGCAGGAGGCCGAGAAGUUCCGAGCAGAGGAUGAGGCAAACAAGCUGAAGAUCGAAGCCAAGAACGGAGGUUGA